CGUAAGUUGAGUUGGCGGCAUUUGUCAAAAUUCAAGAUGAAUAAGAAGCAGUAUAUCACUCUGUUAUUGUUGAUUCUCACCAUUAUUGUCUUUUUCAACCACCAGGAGUAUUUCUACUGCAAAGAACCAGAGCUAUCAUACUGGGAUGAGGUGAAAAUAUAUCUAAAUGUUAUGGAGAGACCAGCUCCCUGUCCAGGAGACGAGGAAGUGGCAAUGAUGGCAAUGGAGAUGUCGGGGUAUGUGGCAGUGCUUGCAGUCUUACAUCUGCUGUUGAAAUACAUGUUUCAGCGAUUUGAGAAGUGGCUGCAGGGCUGGCUGAUGAGGAACUGGAUGCUUGUUUGGGGACUGAUCUUUCUACUCAUGUACUUUUGGGCUGCUGCCCUUUGUACUGGAAACUCCAUCAUUAGAUUUCUAACUCCUUGGAACAAAGAAGGUUGUCAAAGGCAAGUGUAAUCAAGAAUUUACAACAUCGCUCAUUCUACAAAUGGUUUUGUGAUUCUAACCCAACCCAAUUGCAAGGAACAAAGAAACAACGCCAUGUAUACAGACCUGCAGGAAUCGGGAAUUCGCAUCAAGAACUACUAGUACCAGGUUAAGUCAGGGACUUAAUAUUAACGUUAGUAUUUAGGUCUCUUGUUAAGCAAUGCCAAGUUUGUUAACUUUCAGUCGUUUUAGAUCACAAUAUUUCUGAACUUUUCAGCUGGGUUCUCUAGAAAUAUUUUUGCCUAGAUUUAAACAAUUUGCAUUUGAAGACAUUUGCAUACGUAGAUCAUGUUAUAUGAAAAUUGGAGCUUCAAUCGGGUACACAUUCAAGAAUUACUAGUAAUUGUUCUAGGUUAUAUUUAUUUCAACAAACUAUUUGUGAUAUACAUUUUUAAUCAGUAUUUAGAGGAACCAAUAUACAGUACUCUUUUUAUCUUUUUUGUGUAAAUUUAUUUUUUCUAAAAGUUCUGUGAACAAAACUUUAAGGUUUUGUAUUACUCAGUACAUGAGUACAUUCUUUUAUACAACAUCUAUUUGUUAAUGUUAUAUACAUAUAUACAAUUUCUUUUUACAGAUAUAUGUUUUAAGUAAUACAUUUUGUAAUGUUUUAAUUUGUUGAAACUUUUCUAAACUGUGAUAAAAUUGUGAUCAUUUUGUAUGUUCGCCAAAAAAAAAAAACAUUUACUAGUAUAUCAAAUUGACAAUGUUUGUUAACAUUAUUUUUCUGUGAUAUACACUGAAUAGAAUUUGAUGCAAGAUUAAAUGCGUUAUAAUUUCUAUUUUUGAGAAAAAAAAAUUCAUUUUACAAUAUGACAACCGGUCACUUACUACAGCUUAAAAAAAAACUAGGUAGGCAGCAAUUUAGUGACAUAU